AUGGAGGGCUCUGCGGCGGAUGAUCUCGGAGCCCCGGAAUCAUGGGAGGUGGCCGAUUUGGACGAGACGGUGAGCCGCUUGAUGCUCAAGGACUCGAAGAAGAAGCAGCAGCCGGCUCAGCAGGAGCUGCCUGAUGAUUUCGCCCUGGGUCCAGGUGGCGUUUCGUCCGGCUCCGCCGAGUCAGGGGGAAGCAGAGUGUCGGAUGAUGCUAUCAGCCAGGUCGAUCAGUUCCUCAGGGAUGCCUUGCAGAACCCUCGUGAGCGUCUCUCUGUUCUAAGAAUGGAGCAAGACAUUGAGAAGUUUAUACGUGAUCCAACACAGAAGCAAUUGGAAUUUCAGCAACUGCCCACUUCAUACUUGAGAUUAGCUGCACACCGGGUGGCACAGCAUUAUUCACUUCAAUCAAUGGUUUUGUUGGACAACAGUUUGCCUGAUGGUUCCGGUUCAAGAAUUAUUGUGCAGAAGGCUUCUGGAUGGAGGCUUCCUUUGAUUCGCUUAGCUGACAUCCCUGUGAAUUUGCCAUCUGAAGAUGGUAGUGUCCUGAAGGUUGCAAUUAAGCAGAGGCCACAGAAACACCCUCACAAUGCCAACAAUCCGAACUCAAAUUCAUCAAAAUCGAAUAGUUCCAAGAGUAUGGAGGAAAGGAAAGAGGAAUACAACAAGGCACGAGCUCGGAUAUUCAAUUCCACCAAUCAUAGUGGUAGUUCUACUAUGAAGGCAGAAACUCAACCAAGGUCACAGGAUAACACAAAGAAAGGUUCGUUUGGUCCAGAGAAGGCACAUGAUAAAUCAGGUUCAGGGAUUUCUGAUAUUAAUUCUGGAAGAGGUGUAAUUGAACCUUCUACAAGCACCAGUGGAUUGUCUAGACCCAGGAUAGAAAAGGAGCCAGUUGGUAGGCCUAGGCAAAAUAAUAGGGUGGCCAUAUUCCGGGAUCGUGAAAUUGAGAGAAAGGAUCCUGAUUAUGACAGGAGCUAUGACAGGUACACACAAAGAUUUGAUACUGGAUUUGGCUACAGUGGAGGGCCUUACACAAUCCAACCUAUGUACGCCCCUGCAUUGAGCUACAACACUGAAUUUCCGCAACUUGGAUCUGGUCACAGACCGCAGAUGCCUACAGAACACCAGCCACAUCCUCUCACACAACAUAUAGCUGGGCAAUGGGCUGCUCCGUCUGCCCCUGCUGGAUUAGGGUAUGGUCAUCCGGACACUAUGAUGCCACCUUAUAGUCCGCAUCAUGUUGGUGUACGGUCCAACUCUGCUCUAUAUCUGCACCCCUCUCAAUAUCCCUGUCAGCGCCCAGGAAUGCCUUUCAUCGGGCCUCAUGACCAUGUUCAACCUUUUGCACAGUCUCAUCAACAGCAAUCUGAUGGCAGUUUUGGUUUAGCCCGGCCCCGGUAA